CGUGUGCACACCUGGCUGAGCAUUCAAAGCAGCCAAUGGCUGGUUAGUUGACAGCAUAAAGACCUCAACGCGUCGGUUGUUUCUAACAGCCAUGUAGUAGGUAUAGACACAGAAAGGUUAGGAUGGCAUGCACUCGCAAUGUAGAGUUACCUUUGUGAAUGAGUAAUUAGUAAUGAGAUAAUGGAUGCAAGAGGCUCAUCCUCGUCCAUGGAAUCAGACAUCAGUGACAACAGCAUCUCGCACCUGCUGCGGGUCGACAAAGAUCUUCAUCUAACAGAUGAUGGCUUUCAAGUCCGCAAAGGUAGGGAGAUCCACUCAACCAGGUCCACUGUCGUCUGCUUGGCCUGGCUCUCUCUGGUCGUCGGCAUCGCGACUCUGGUUAUCACUGGAACCGUUGUCAUCUGGAUCCUCGUUGGCAGAGUGGACAGUUGGUCCAUUGAGCCUUCCUUGUCGCCGAGCGAAGAGGUUUGUCUCCCGUGUGUGCAGCUGACCUCUGACCCUGUUACCGGUACGGACUCUCCUCUGCUGGAAGUGCUGGAUGUCAGAAUCGAUAACAACAACGAUUCAAAGACAUGCUGUGCGCACACCAACGCGCAGUUUGCCGCGCUCUUUAGACUGAUUCUUCAGAGACAGCAACAGGUUCAGAGACUUGCAGAUGUCCUUAGAGGUACAGAAGAACAGCCCAACAUGGAAGCUGUGGCUGCUGCUCAUCUUGUCUUUAAGCCAGGGUCACGGACAAACGAGGUGCAACAGCUGAAAGGCCCGGAUGCUUCAGUGAUGUCAUACCUGCGACCCGGCUUGACCUUUUACGACAACACUAUCUACGUCAUCAACCGUGGCAUGUACUACGUCUACUGUCAGAUCCUCUACGACAACAUCGAUUCCAACACUCGGGUAGCCAGCAGCUACGUGUUCCGCGACAGCCUGGUGGACCCUCACGCGACGGGUAUCGUGCUCAAGACCCGCCACACCCGCAAUGACAAGGACAACGACCGCCACAGCAGCUACGUAGGAGGACUGCUCGAGCUCCACAAGGGGGACAAACUGUAUGUUAAGGUCUCGGAUCCCUCUUUGUGUCCAACGACGAAAAAGGCAGCUUCUUUGGUCUGUUUAGGGUAGGCAGCUAGCAAGAGAGACAGUAAAAAAAUAUCAGAAUAGAGAAUAACUUACAAACAUAUAAAUAGUGAACACUUAUAUACAGAUACAUACUACAUGACGCACUGUAUACACAAUCGUACACGUUCAUUGAGGUACAGGCUUGCACCAUUCCUCAUACACACAGGUGCCGAGUACACAUUCCAACGGACAGACUAAACAGCUGCGUAUCAGUACAACAAUAAUGUCAACACAAGUAAACAUGUCGAAACAAUAGUAUCAUAAUAAUUAUGCAUAUCUAUAUCAUAAUUCAAUAAUGCGUGCACACAUAAUACAUAUCAAUAGAUAUAUAAAAUAUAUUGCUGGAUAUACUCACCGUAUUCUGAUAAAGAACAUCGUUUAAUCAUUAUCCUCGAAUAGCAGGGAAAAAAGUUUAGGUUGACUAAUGGAUGCCAUUCUGACAAGAUGAUGGUCGUGGAGUGCUUCAAGCAUGAUAUUCUCCAAGAAGAUAUUAAGCCACAUUAAUAAUAAUAGUAAUAAUAUCAAUAAAUAUAGUAAUAGUGUUCAUCCUUGACGUACGCCUACUGGGGUUCGAAAGUAAGCUUCUUGUUGGCUGUUCAUCAGAACUGAACUCGUUGAGCUAUUGUAUCCCACUUUGACGACUUGAACGAGGUCUUCUUCGAUGUUGAAUAUGAGCAUCACUCGCCAUAUUCCUUUGUGGCAGACUCUGUCAAGUAUUUUUAUAAAGUCUAUGAAGCUUUGGUAGAGGUCUCGCUUGUACUAAAGAUGAUUUUCUUUGAGAAUGCAAGUGGCUGAUAGGGCAGACAAGCUUUAUAGUUUUGUAGUUCAGUUCAUAUUGAACACUGGCUUACAAGUAAGCAGUUACUUCAUUCAGGAUGGCACAUAAAAUUGUCAUCGUUAUACUCUUGGAUGACAUUUUGUUUACUAAGUCAAAGAAGAGUUGGUGGUGAUCAGCGAUACGCAUCGUGUUCAUCGCAGAAUGAGUUGUGGUAAAAGGUGAAGGUGUAUGUGAGGAUUGAAGCAACAAGAAUGAACAAUGACCUCAAAUGAAAAUAAAGUAAAUUUACCUACGAUGUACCUCACUGUAUGAAUAAACAAUAGAAACAUGUCUCUUGUUUUGAGCUUUGUUCAUUCCUUAAAAUGUCCUAGUCUAGACUACGUUGUCUUUCCAUAUUAUUUACCUUAGGGACAGGGUCAUGUCCUGAAUGUUGUUUUAGUUUGAUUUUUAGUCUUGAAUACAAUCUCGUUUUUUUUAAUCUCAUAAAGCUUUAGGUAAGUCUGCAGAAGAAUUUCGACAAAAGAGUGAUAUUUAUUUGAAAAGACGUAUGG